UUCCGUUGGUCCACGUCAUUCACCCGCGACCAGGGCCCGUUUUCAUCUGCUGCGUGUGGACCUGGUGUUAUUCCCACCAUGGCGUCUAAGCGACACCAGACCGAGAGCAGCAAGUCAGACAAGAAGAAAAAGAAGACGACGCGCGAGGAAGUGGCGGGACUUUGCUCGUGCGUUGAAGACGAGCGAGUGACGGCUGCAGUGAAGGAGGCGUGGAGCCGCAGGAGCCAUUACAGCCACGGGGAUCUCGAGUUGGCCUGUCAUCCUUUCACACACUGCAUCAUCAAGAACUUCGUCAGCAGUGACACCUUCGUGGAAAACCUGCAGCGAGAGCUGCUGGACCUCAACUUCCGCGAGAAGUCAAAUGACCUGUACAAGUUCAAACAGUCCGAUGACUUGAAGAAGAGAACAGAGCCGCACAUCGCAGGACUCAGGGCAGCUCUGUUUGGGCGCUUUCGUUCCUGGCUCAGUGACGUGUUGGGGGUCGAACUGGAGCCAACAGUUGAUAUUUCUUGUGCCCGAUAUGAAUACACAGAUGUUCUCCUGUGUCAUGAUGAUGAACUGGAGGGGCGACGUGUUGCUUUUAUUCUGUAUCUUGUGCCUCCGUGGCAGAGCAGCGAUGGAGGGACCCUCGAUCUGUACACAACUGACAGUAAUUUCCAGCCACAGAGUAUUGUGAAGUCGCUCGUACCCUCUUGGAACACACUUGUUCUCUUUGAAGUGUCUCCUGUUUCAUUUCACCAAGUAUCGGAAGUUUUGUCUCAGGAUAAAUGUCGUCUGUCUCUGAGUGGCUGGUUUCAUGGACCAUCGUUGCAGCGUCCUCCUCGGUACAUCGAGCCCCCCAUCCCCAGGACUCCACACUUACCAAGAGACGAGACGAUACUGAUAGACUGGGUCAAUCCACUGUACUUGGACAUCUCCUAUCAGGAGCAGAUUCAGGGGGAGUUUGAGGACAGCUCUGAAAUUCAGCUCAAAGAUUUUCUGAAGGAGGAGAAGUUCAAGGAAGUGAAUGAAGCGCUGCAAGUCGCUCAGAUUCAGUGGACAAGGAGAGGUCCGCACAAUAAGAGAUGCUAUGAAGUGGCUUCUCUGGAAACUCUGCCUCCAUGUGUGAGUGCAUGUUGGGAACUGCUUAGUUCAGAGGCUUUCUUCCUGCUUCUCUCCAACUUCACUGGCCUUCGACUGCACUACCUGUGUCCUGCAGAUGAUGAUGAUGAUGAUGAGGACGAUGAGGAAAAGGACAAAGACAAAAACAAACGAGAACAUGAGGGGGGCGAAGAAGCCACUGGUUCUUCAGCUGAGUCAGCAAAAGCGGGCAGGGAAAAAGAGCUGAGCACACCUGUGUGUUGUGGUGAACUGCGGCGAUGGUCCCAUGGCGACUACACCCUGUUACAUGAUGGAGAGGCUGUGCGUGCAGAGUUCGCCCUGGACCUAGUUUUGCCUUUUGGUUGUACAGGUUGGAAGUCAGAGUUCGGAGGCUACACAUGUUACGUUGCUAAUGAGGAGGACGAGGAGCUCCUAACAGUUUAUCCAGAGGACAACUCCCUUGCCCUCGUCUACAGAGACAAAGAAACCCUCAAAUUUGUCAAACAUGUCAACCACAAAAGCUCCUCUGACUUCGCAGACAGUUCUACAAGCAGGAUAGUUCAUGACUUCUCCUUUGUGUAUUAUGAAUAAAUUAUAUAUAUAUAUAUAUAUAUAUAUAUAUAUAUAUAUA